CGCGGGCGGGCGCGGGCGGCCUGGCCAGGGCCGGUUAAAGGGACGAGUUGCAAACAGUUCAGGAAGUGACAAGUCGAUUUCCUCCUCCCCGGGAGCAGCUCCGUACAAAGCGCUCGGCGCCGGCAGGAGAGCGUGCGCGCUGCGGCCGCGCGGCGGGCAGCCCGGACGACUCGGCGAGCGCCGGCGGCGACUGCGCGGGGGACCGCGGCCGGAGCGUCCCGCCGCGCACAAGAGCUGACCUCACUCUGCUGUUUCCUGGAGGAGCCCCACCCCAAUGGGGAGCAGCCUCUCCUGACGUCAUCGCCCGGGAGACGCCCCAGGAAGUCACCUCUGCCCCCCCGUCUGCCCACCUGAAAAUGGCUCGUGCCCACCCUGGGCUGGUGCCCAGCGCCUGAGGCCCUUACCAUGGUGAUGAUCCUGAGUCAAAGCCUCGACAAGCAGGGAGCCGACCCCGUGGCCUGCAGGACCUUCAACCCUGAGCCGCACACGCCAAAGAAGAUGAGUCAAGGACCGACACUUUUCUCUUGUGGAAUCAUGGAAAAUGACAGAUGGCGAGACCUGGACAGGAAGUGCCCCCUUCAGAUCGACCAGCCGAGCGCCAGCAUCUGGGAGUGCCUGCCAGACAAGUGCCAGGAUGGCGCCCUGUGGCACCGGGAGGCGGUCACCGCCUGCGCGGUCACCAACCUGAUCAAAGACCUCAGCCUCAGCGACCACAACGGGCACCCGUCUGCGCCCCCCAGCAAGCGCCAGUGCCGGUCGCUGUCCUUCUCGGAUGAGAUGGCCAGCUGCCGGACGUCGUGGAGGCCCUUGGGGUCCAAAGUCUGGACGCCGGUGGAGAAGAGACGCUGCUACAGUGGGGGCAGCGUGCAGCGCUACUCCAACGGGUUCAGCACCAUGCAGCGGAGUUCCAGCUUCAGCCUCCCAUCCCGCGCCAACGCGCUCUCCUCGCCCUACGACUCGGUGGGACUCCACCCGCGGCCCGGUGGCCCGCCCGGCCCAGGGGCGCCGGGCCCGGCCACCUGCGGACAGGCGGACGACCUCUGGGGCCCCGCAGCAAGCCCCGUGGGCGGCGGCCGGCUGGACAUGCAGCGCUCCCUGUCCUGCUCGCAUGAGCAGUUCUCCUUUGCGGAGUACUGCCCGCCCUCCGCCAGCAGCACCCCUGCCUCGACGCCGGAGCCAGCCAGGCGCUCGGGUGGGCUGGCCCGCAGCCGCUCCCAGCCCUGCGUCCUUAACGACAAGAAGGUGGGCAUCAAGCGGCGGCGCCCCGAGGAGGCACAGGAGCAGAGGCCCUCCCUGGAUCUUGCCAAGAUGGCACAGAACUGUCAGACCUUCAGCAGUCUCAGCUGCCUGAACACAGGGACGGAGGACCGGAGCGCCCGCAGCCCCUUCGCCGUGCACACUGGCACCACCAGGUCCUGGGCCGCCCUGUUCUCGGCCCCCAGCACAGGGGGCAGGACGCCCGCCGGGACCCCGGUCCCCGAGCCUCUGCCCUCCUCCCUGGAUGACCCACUGGCCUGCCGGGAGGAGCCGUGCUGCGAGGAGCCAGGCACAGCCUGGCGGGACCGUGGGGCCCGCAGCAGCCCCUGCUCCCUGGAUGGCGAGCUGGACAUCGAGCAGAUAGAGAACAACUGAGGGGCCGCAGGCCCUGGCCGGGGGCGGGGGGUGGGAUAGUGCAUUCGAAGUGAGGGGCCUCCUCCUGCCUACACCCCCAGGUGCGGCGGCAGGCCCUCCUGGGAGCCCCACCCCUGGGCCUGAUCCGAGCUUCCUGGGAGGCGGGCGUCAGGGCCCAGGAGCGAGCCCACCGCCUCCCCAAGAUGCUGUCCCACCCGCGGGGGUCUGGGCUGCCCCCCACUCCCCGCCCUGCGGUACAGCAUCUCAGCCUUUCACCAGCAUGGCAGCCACGGUCCACAGAACCGCGGGGGCCGGGAUGGGAGCUUCUCGGUCUCGGGCUCUGGCCCCCUUUAACUUGCGGCACAUCGAUGGGCACAGCACCCCAGCCUUGCCCGCUGGGCAGUCUCUCGGCGGUCUGCGCAGGGCUGUGGUUUCCACCCCCAACUGGGGUUUCCGCCUGAGGUCCGCACGCUGGCGUCACAGGCCUGCCCGCCCUCCUGCUCUCAGGUUUGGGUCGGGGGGGCCAGCCCUGCAGCGCCCUCCUCCCCUCGAGUGUGUAUUCCGUGCCUUCUCUCCCAGGUCUCCCGCUCAGGCUCGGGAAGGCAGGGGAGGCUUCCUCGGUCAGUCAUUAACACCAGAACCGUUCGGCCUUAAUUCUGGGUGCAGGCGAUGGGGCCGUGUGUGCCAGGUGGACUCCCGGGGUCCAGGGAACACCUUGGGGUUGGGGGAGUGCUCGUUAGAGGCCCGUCCAGUUGGUAGACAUCUGGGGGCUCCAUUGGCCGAGAAGGCGGAGGCGUGAGCCCCUCCCAUGGUGUGGAGGUCCCAGCCCCGGGCUCUUUGCUGCUCCGGGGCUGGGGGCUGAAGUUGGCAGGGUCGGCAGCUGGCAGCCGCUGUCCAUGACUGCCCUGCCACUGAGCAAUGAGCUCAGUAGACACGGGCGAGUGGAGAGACAUCCCCAGAGGAGGGCGGCCUUUUGAAAACGUUUCAGGGACAAGGGCCCUGUGCAGGUGCGCAGACCCAGGCCCUGGGCAUGUUCCAGAGCUAGAGGGUGCCUGCCGGCCAUUCUGGGCCUGGCCACCUACCAAGCACAGCCUCGUUGGUUGGGGGGAUUUGGGGGGUUGCCACCUCCCUGCUACCGCCCCAACUGCAAGCACAGAGUGGGGUGCCCACACGCCCUUCCUGGCUCCCGGUGCCCCAGCAGAGACCCCCCCACCCCGGUCCACAAGGAGCCCCGACCCCGUGAGGCUUCUCUCCCAGACCACUCCUCCCCAGCCCCACUUUGCAGACACGCCCCACGGGGCUCUGGUUCCCCUGGAAUCCAGCUUUCAGCGCUCAGCAUCUUCUGCAGACAACAGCAGUGAGGGUCAGCUUAUGAGCAAAGUGGCUCCUUUUCCCACAAGGCUCAGUCCAUCCACGUGUCCCCUGCAGUGCGCUGCCGCGCGACAGAGGCACUCCAGGGAACCCUUUGGUCCCACUCACCUUCUACUGAUGGCAUAGCCCUCAGUGCUUGCAGGGGCUGAGGGCACAUGGUUCUUUCUCUCCGCUGGAGAGAGACCAGGUUUGAGAAAAUGUGACUUAAACCUUUACUUUUGGACAUUCGAAGUGUGGUGGCUCAAGUUCUCAUUUAGAGUUGGCUCUUUUUAAAAAUCAGCUGUUUAAGAUGCUUGCAGAAAACCCCAACUCCAUGACCCGCCCCCCCGCCCCCUGAGAUGGUGUCAGAAGCCACAGGUUAGAGAGCAUCGCGGGCAUCUGGGCACUGGACAGGUCCCACCAAAGGGCACAGCUCCCCUGGGAAGCCAGACCAGGCAGCUCGUUGUCUUUGAGCUGAUCCAUGGGACCCCGGGGCGUCCAGCAGCAGGUGGGUGGACAGGAGAGGAUGUUCUGGCGCCUCCUAGCCUCAGGGAGCCUGGGUGGGAGGCAUGAUGCCUGACCCACACCAAGAGUGGCCACAGCGGGCACGCACCCCGGACUGCAGUCCUUCCCCUGGACGCCCUUCUCCGGGCCGGGAGGGGAGGCACGCAGUGGUGGGUGUCACAGGGCUGUAGUGCGUGUGGCCCCCUCGGACCCUGCCAGCCACCCCCCACCCCUUCUCAGGCCUGGUGGCAGGGAAGGACGAGCCGUGGCCCCACCCGCCCCAUCUCCCUGCAGGCUGCUCCCGGGACCCGUGUGGCAGAAGGGCUCGCAGCCCAGGGCAGGGUUUGGCCCUUCCCAGCCUCCUAGGCCUCGCUUGGCUGUUCCUGCCCCCAGAGAAGCUCCCCGCCCAAGCCCACGACAGCAGCAAGGAGGGGAGAGGAUGACCAGUGACCCCUCAGAGAAAGAGGCAGCUGUGGGGUGGCUUCAUGUCCGUCUUCCCAUCAGAGAGCAGCCCAUCUGUCUAUAGGAGGUACCGCCUGAGGUCCGUCUCCGCUCUGCUCCCCUGGUCUUGAAGGGAGACUCUCUCUGACCACCCUGGGGUGGAGGGUGGCAGGGUGUCCCUAGGGGGGGCAGCAGGCCAGCUGGUGCCUCUCCCCAGCCCUGAACCUCACUUCUGCUGGGACCCUGCCUCAUGCAGCCCAUGAACUCCUGCCUGUAAGGGGGAACUAAGGAAGUUCAGAGCCAGGAGGGAGGGCUGUGCCAGGCUGUCCACCUGCCCCAGGGGCCAGGAAGGACAAGAGCAGGGUCAUGCAUUUGAAGGGUGGGGGGCUUCCUGUUGGGGCACCCCCACUAAAGCCGCCAGACUAACAGAGGCCGCUGCCCAUGGGGGCUAGGCCGGGUAUUGGAGCUGCAGCCUCAGCGUUUACAUUACUGCAAACCCUCUUGCCUUACUCGCGGUGGAGGCCAGGGCCAGUGCAGGGCCCACGGGCAGACACGACUCCCAGGCCCCUGGAGAGCUCGUGAAGAUUUUCUCUCUCAGAAAGCCUUACUUUUCAACAAAAUUUUUGUAGCAGGAAAAGUUUUUGUGAAUUUGUAUACGCCGAAAGAAAUUUUAAAAUGCAAAGUCCACCUUAGAAAGGAAACAAACCCAUCAUCCACAGGGGGCCCCAGAGCAAGGUGGGGGAGGGGUGGCCUGUGCGUUCCACACUCCAGCUGGUGCUGCCCGAGCCUCCAGCCCACGCCCUAGACAGACGCCCCACCACGGGCUCAAGUCUCGUGUGCCCUGGCCUGGAGGCAGAGAUGACCGUGUCAGAUCCCACGGCCUGGGGUGCAAGUGGUCCCCACGCCCCAGCUCUGGGGGCAGCAACCCAGCCAGGGCAGUGCCUCCAUGUAAGCAAUGGUGCUGCCUCUUGCCGCAGCCUCACGGGUGGCCAGACUCCUCCCGCUGGCACUUCUUUGAAGAGAAGAGAAAAAGAUUUAAUUAAAAAAAAAAAAAAUCCCAGACUACAGCAGAGAUCUUAUACCUAGCUAGAAUAGCCCGAUCUUCUAGCAUAGUCUCCUUGGCAAAGAAAUUGUGUCCCAGUGUGGGGGCCCACGUCCCGGGCGCAGGUGCCUGCAGCUCGGCUGUCUCCGGGGUCACAUGCGCUUUCCCAGCAGCACCCAUUGGUGCCCUGGAGCUUCAGGAAGCGUGGUGGCCGGGAAACAGGCCGCGUCAGGCCUGGCCCCUGCCCGGGCGAAGCGCUGUGCAGGGACGGCGCCGGGUCUGCCCACCGCCACCCGCCGCAGCCUGCCCUUCGCGCAGGCCACGACUGUCUUGCACUAGGGCCGCUCUAGUCUCUCAGGAAUCUGCUUGUUACUUUUACUGUGUAAAUAAAGCUUCCUGAUUCAGUACCCA